GGUUGGGAUGAUGCUUCAUCCUUUCCCCAUGGAUUUCUGCCGUCCAUUGCGACACACACACCAAUUUGGUUGACGCAUCUGCCGCACAGCGCGCGGCACGCUGCACCAUGUCGUCGACCUUGCUGCCCUUUCUCUACCAGACACGCACGCUGUGCCGUGCCGUAUCCGCGCGGCCGCUGCUUUUUGGCGCCGCCGUUCGACAGGCGACAUCGGUCAGACGCGGACGAGCGCCCAAGGACGACAAUUCAAUCCCGUUCGAAUGGGACAACGAGCUACAGGAGGAGCUUGGAAACGCUCCGGGUCAUGCCUCGACCAUCACGACCUCCGAAGCCGAGGUCUUCAAGAGCAUAUUCGACGAGAUCGCCCAGGGUCGGAUGCCUGCGUCCAGGAAACGCCCGUCCCCCGAUGCCUCCUCCCCCAGCCAAACAUGGGCGGCGGCGGCGGCGGCGGCGGCGGCGGCACAACAAGGCUACAACCUCGAUCCCGUAAACGGCAUGGCACGAUCGAUUGUCGAACAAGCCCGCGUCACCGAGUUUCGCGACAAGUUCCUCCGCCGCUAUCCGCAGUCCCUGCGCAACGCUGCCCAGGUCGCGCUCGGUCUCUACGAGCUAGAACCCGGCGGCGCCUCCGAAUCGAGUCGCAUGCUGGAGCUAGAUCAGGCCAACGAGGCCAAGUUGCAGGAGCGCGUCCGCUACGAUCGCAUCCGAGUUGAGGAGCGAGAGCGGGUGGACGCCUUGAUGCGCGAUUGCGAGACUGAUGCCGAGCUUUGGCACGUCAUGGAGCGCGAGGUCUUUUCACUGCCCGAGAGGCUGGGCAUCACGCAGGCAGCCUCUUCUACCGAGGCAGUCGCUUCCAAGAAAAAAACCAAGGGCAAGGUAACCAAGGCCGGCGCCGCAAAGCGAAAGGACUCCUCCUCCUCCUCCUCCGCCGCCGCCGCUCUCACGGCGCAGCAGCAGGACGACCAGAAGCGCAUCAUGGACGUCCACGGUCCGCUGUAUCCGCAUUUCCUCAGCCGCGGACUCGCCCUACUCGACACGGCCUUUGCGCGCCCCUCGCUGCGCGCCUUUGAGAUCCUGCCCCGGGUCAAGGCGCUGGGCCUGCCCUCGUACGUGCUCGGCGUGUCGGCGCCCUUUUAUGCGCGCCUCGCCCGCAUGCACUGGGACCACUUCGGCGACGCCGCCGCCGCGCUCGACGUGCUGCACGAGAUGGCUGCCGCUCAGCUGUACGCGGACGAGGCCGUCGCCGAGCUGCUCGUCCGUAUCCGCAAUCACCUCCACGGUUGCACCUGGGGAGCGCAAGGGCCCUUUGUUGCGGCCGUCAUGGAGGCGCCGCCCUAUGAUGGCGCGCUGACCCAACGGCUCGAGGAGAUGGAGCGGUACGCGCUGGGGUCUACGGGCCAGCCUGACGCCGUUUAGAUAUGCGCGGUUUCGAGACGUGUCGCCUCCGAACGUUGAUCAAACAGAACCUGUAUAUGUGUAUGUACUCCAAGCUAAUGCAUAAUUGAGAGUGCAAGGGGCUACACCAACGCCAACGCCGCUCAUCU